AUGAAGAUCCCCUAUAAUGUUGUCCACGUCAGUGGGGACGUUCUUUAUGCUGCUCGAGGCGGCAAGAUUCACUCAUACAGCCUUCAAGAUGGAUCUCACCUUUCAACAUGGAAGCAUCCCGACGUCGACAAAGUAGAUGCUGCAGUGAAGGCUAUCUCAGGCGAGGUCUCAAGCGAGAAACUUGCGAGUCAAGAUCCUGUUGGUGCGGAGGGUGAUGGCGAUGAUGAUGGUCCACCAGCCAAGCGACAAAAGACUGAAGAGCCAAAGGAUGAGACAACACCUGCCGAUCCAAAUGUUCAAGAGGAUAAGAAAAACACCGAGGAGUUGAAGGCUGAAGGCAAGAAGAAGGGAGGAAAGAAGAGCAAGGACAGGCGCAAUCAGCAGCGACCGAAAGAGCACAAUAUCUCACGAGUUCCCGACCGCCCAGUCGUCACUCAUCUGACCAGUACCCCUGAUGGCUCUCAUGUUCUAGCUAUCACUGGACAUGACAAGGCGAUCUGGGUCUUUGAAUGUGAUGAGAGGGGCUCUCUCAAGGAACUCAGCAAACGAACCCUGCCCAAGCGUCCUAGUGAUGUAGUCAUCGGUCCAGACUCGCAAAUUGUAGUUGCCGACAAAUUUGGAGAUGUCUACUCUCUUCCUCUUCUCUACGAUCCUACCGCUGAGAAUGUCACUCGAUCUUCAACCGCCGCGUUAGCUAGGCCUGCGUAUAAGCCAUCGGCUAAUACCACAACUGUUCACUCGAAGCGCAACUUGCGAGCUCUUCAAGAACAGCAACGUCAUAUGGAGCUUGCUACACGGACCAAAAAUGAGAAUGGUUCCAAGUCCGAUGGACCAGACUUCGAGAUUACCCUUCUGCUUGGCCACGUCUCCAUGCUCACUGCCGUUGCGAUCGGUGAGAGCGAAGGGCGACAUUAUAUCUUGACCGCUGACCGUGACGAACAUAUCCGAGUGUCAAGAUACAUUCCCCAGGCUUAUGUCAUUGAGGGUUUCUGCUUUGGUCACACGGAGUUCAUCAGCGCCAUGACCAUCCUCUCAUCGCGUGGUAAUGUCCUUGUAUCGGGCGGUGGUGAUGAGGAUUUGUUUGUCUGGGAUUGGAAAGCGAAUAAGCUUUUGUCACAAAUUAGCGUCUUAUCCUUGGCCCAAAAGAUCUUGCCAGACACCACCAAGGUGGCUAUCACUGGUCUCUACAACUUGGUGUACCCCCAUGAAGGCUCUGAUCUUAUCUACAUUCUUGCCAUAUGCCAAGAUAUCCCCGCCAUCUUCUCCUGGCAACUCACAGAGGAUAACACCCUCCACCGCCCUGCCAUCAUUCAACUUCCUGGCAAGCCCCUUGGCAUCUCUGUCAAGCCUGCUACCGGUGAUGAGCCUCCUAAGAUCAUUACUGCUAUCGACCCCAAUGAUUCCACUCAAGCAAAGAGCUUGGCAAUCUACUCGCUCACCAUGACUGACGAGAAGCUCGCCACAAGUACAACAGCUUUGGUAAGCGACGACGAUAUCGAGAAUGUCGAGCUUGAUGUAGAUGAGAAGGUCGUGAGGAGUCUCUUGUACAACACUGAGAGUCUACGAAAACAACCGACGGAACGUGAAGAGGAAAGGGGCGAAGAGCAGGUGCCUGAAGAUCAAGUGAUGGGGGAGUCGGAGGUUGUUGAGGGGCAGUAA